UAGUCGGUCGAUUACCCGCAGCGGCUGCAAAGGAGCGCCAAGCGCCGUUUGUUCGGUGCGAUAAGGGAGGGGCGGCCGGGGAAACGAAGUUGCUGGCGCGCUUGCAGCGCCUCUCAGCAUCGACUGGACGCGGCUGCGGCAGGCGGGAGCUUCCACUUGCGGUCCCGGGCGGCUGCGCUCCGUGUGAUCUUAGUUGCGCUCGCUGUCCGAAAUAGCCUUCCAAAUUCAGCAACAAGAACUUUCCACGAUGAACUAAUAAUUAGCUUAGCUUCCACAUCGCUGCUCAUCUGCCUGAACGAUCACAUUAAUUUUUAAACAAAUUUAAACAAAUGGUCUAUGAAAAAAGAUUUCAGGGCUGCAUUCUUCAGAGGGAAAAGCAGGUGCUGUUCCUCUAAAUGUGUGCAAAUGGCAGCCGUAAACAAUGAGGUGGGAUUUGGUGCAUUAGGUGUGAAACCUGGGCUGUAUGUGAGUGUCUGUGCCUUUUCCCAGUUAUUUAUACCAGUAUUAUAAAGUACAUUCUUCUUGUUUGUGUCUAGAUCCAGAGUGGGCCUCUUACAAACUUGGAAUAUUCAUUUGUUUGAUGUGCUCCGGAAUCCAUCGCAAUCUUCCUCAAGUCAGCAGGGUCAAAUCUCUUUGGCUUGACUUCUGGGAGAACGAUCUUAUAGAGUUUAUGAAGAAGCACGGGAAUCUCUGUGCCAAAGCUAAAUAUGAAGCAAAAGUCCCUCCCUAUUAUUACAUCCCCCAGUCCUGCGAUUGCUUGGUUUUAAGAGAACAAUGGAUUAGAGCUAAAUAUGAGCGUGAGGAAUUUGUUGCCACCCGAGUCUGCCAAGAUCCUUGCUCUGCAGGUAGCCAUGAAGGAUUCCUCUGGAAGCGUGGACGGGAAAGCAAGCAGUUCAAGCAGAGGCGGUUUCUCCUGUCAGCAAGGGAAGGGGUGAUGAAGUACUACACUAAAGAACCCAAAGGUCCAAAAGCCGUUAUCAGCAUUGAGAAACUGAAUGUGAUGUUCCAGGCAGAGAAAAUCCAUCAUGCUCACGGGCUGCAAAUCACAUACAAGACAGAUGGUCAAACAAGGAACCUUUUUGUCUAUCAUGAAAGUGGAAAGGAGAUUGUUGACUGGUUCAAUGCCAUUCGGGCUGCACGUUACCAUUAUCUCAGAACAACCUUCCCAGCUCUCCCUGAGCACGAGAUCAUACCCCGGAUCACAAGAAAUUAUAUCAAAGAAGGAUAUAUGGAGAAAACAGGACCGAAGCAGAAGGAGACCUUUAAGAUGCGCUGGUUCAGCCUAGACUCUGAAGAGAGAAACCUGCUGUACUUUAAAAACCCACUGGAUGCAUUUCCACAAGGCCAAGUUUUUAUUGGAAGGAGAGUCGAGGGCUAUGAAGUACGAGCUGGCUUGCCCCAGGGAAUAUCAGUAAAGAAGAGGAAAUCGGGGAUCACCAUGGUCACACCAAUGAGAGAGUUCUUGUUUCUGUGUGAGAACGAUAGGGAGCAGAGAGAGUGGAUAGAUGCCUUGAAUGGAGUAAUUGCCCAGCCCUUGUCUGGUUGAGACUAACAUUGAGUUCCGGUGAACUGCACUUCUUGGGCUCUGUUUGGCACUGGUCUGCAUUCUCUUUUUGUCAGCAGGGAUGGUGCUGAAGCCCAUUCAGAGACUGCGCUACAAAGGGCUUCUUCCUUCAACAGCUACAGGCGCAGGAAGGGUGGCAAAAUAAAUGAGUGAAGGGAAUGCAGAUAUUCAGAAAUUAUCUGUCCCUUCUUUUGAAGUGCAUUCACUCUUCCUUACAUUCUCUGCUUUUGAGCAGAUGAGGCCUUCCUAGGCUGAUGUAGGGAUAAAGUAGCUCUUGUUAUAUGGAAAAAGAAACAAAGUCAGUUUGUCCACAGAGGACUGGUAUGAAUUUCCUUGAGGAUUCCUGAAAAAUGUACAUGACAAUGCAGCCAUGACAUAUAUUCUGACAGUAAAUGUGACCAUCUGUUACAUGCAUGCAUAGAACAAGUGACCAAGAGGCAAAGACAUCACCACCUGCCAGGACAAUGCAGCAUGUCCUGCUGGAUAGAUGAAAGAUAAAAAUACGUGCUGGAAUGAUUGGAUGUCUUUCUUGGGGGGGGGAGGGAGGGGAGAACAGAGGCAGGCAACUACUAUACCUGCCUGCAUCUUCUGUACAGCUAGGGACAUGGUUGUUGUCCUUGUAAUGGUUUUAAUGUCAUUUACAGUGUUAUUUUUAUCACUGAAACUGUAAAAA